UCUUUAAUAAAAUAAUCUGUUUGGACUCUACAGAUAAAAUUAUCUGUUUGGCUGAGUCAGAAUCUCUCUCUCUCUGCAGUAGUGAACCAGUGAUACCGAAUAUCAUCAUUCGACACGGAAAUGCGAUUAUUCUUGCUCCUACACUGCAUCUCUAUUCCGCUUUCUCUGCCUUCAUUUGCUUCUGCUUCAUGAUGGAGGGUGUCUACACAAUUUAACGCUGCAUACCCACUUGGAGGUAUACCAAAACUUUCUUCAACCAUGCUUCUAGGAUUGAGGACAAAGAACAGAAAAGGCACUUCAGUUCAGGUGGAUUAUUUCAUACAUAUACAGGAAAUCGAACCUUGGCCUCCAUCACAGUCUCUCAGAUCCCUUCGGUCUGUAUUACUUCAAUGGGAAAAUGGUGACCGGAAUUCUGGGUCUACCAAGCCUGUAAUCCCCUCACUGGGGUCUGGUGUUGGGGAUGGGAAAAUUGAGUUCAAUGAGUCUUUCAGGCUUCCUGUUACUCUUUCCCGGGAGGUCCCCAUAAAAAGUGGGGAUGUUGAAUCAUUUCAGAAGAACUGCUUGGAAUUCACCUUGUAUGAGCCUCGGAGGGAUAAGACAGUGAAAGGUCUGCUCUUGGGAACUGUCAUGAUAGACCUAGCAGAGUAUGGGAUUGUUCAAGAAACUAUAUGCAUAAGUGCUCCAAUGAACUGUAAGAGAAACUUUAGGAACACAGCUCAACCAGCUCUAUUUGUUAAAAUCCAGCCAUUUGAAAAAAAUUGCUCCAGUUCCUUACAGAGGGAGCGGUUGUCAAAAGUAGUGCCGCGAGACAAAGAUGGGAAGGACUCAGUUUCUGUUUUGAUGACUGAAGAAUAUGCCGAGGAAGCUGAAACUGCGUCCUUCACUGAUGAUGAUGUUUCAUCUCAUUCUUCCUUGACCAUUUCCUCAUCUGUUUUUGAGGCAUCUGGAAGUUCUCCAGCCCAGAAUAAGGAGAAUGCAUCAGAAGCAGUGAGGAAUGGAGCAGGAAGUCAGGAUGGGGUAUCUGCUAUAUCUCUGGAAAAGGUUCCUGAAAGAUCAGAGGUAAGAGCAGUGACUACACCAUACAAACAUUUGAAUAGGAGCUCAUCUCAUUCAUCACCAGUAGACUUAUCCUCUGAAGUGGGGAGCCCAGAAGAUGACCAUUCUUCCUUGACCAACUUCUGGCAGAGAAGUUCAGAACAAAUCACCAAGGUACCUGUCACUGAUAGUGUUGAAGCUUCUUCAGCUGUUAAAGGAAGUAGAAAAAGUGAGGAUAAUGCUCAACAAUCCAUUAAAAAAGAUAAUACAGAUGGUGUUUCCACCAGAGGUGCACCUUCAAAUCCAAAUUUGCAGAUGGAUGGGAUAGCUGGACUUGUAAGUACUACUGACUCUCAAAUCAAUGACAGGGAUUAUGGAGAAAGUAGGGAACAGAUUGGGAAUGGGGAAGAAGGUGCUUCAACAAAUAAUGGUCGACCUGCCAGUCAUAUGGAGGAGAAAGAUGAAGAGCAAUUGGGAAAAAAUAGACAAGAAAAAAAAGCAGGAGAAAAAAUUCAUUCUAAAGAAGAUAAGUCUUCCAAAAUAUCUUCACAAGAUGCUAUGAGGAAGCAAGUGGCAUUUGGGACCAGUCCAAUUGCUUUUGACAGCAGAGAUCUUGGAGUGAGGGAUAAUUCUCUUACCGUCAGUCGAUUAAAGCAUGUGAAGUCUGUCCGGUCACCAGUAGACACAUCCAGGAACAAUGAAUUGCUAUAUGGAAAUCAGUUAACAGAAGUAAAAGAAGUUGAUGUUUCAGAAGAUAUUGUUAGUAGUUCUAGGAGUUCUAUAACAGCAGAAAGCAAUGAUGCUCAGGAUGCUUGUACAGUGAAACUGAACUGCCACUAUAAUGUCAAAGUGCAACAACUGGAGCAUAGAGUUGAGAGCCUUGAAAGAGAGUUGAGAGAAGCUGCUGCAGUUGAGGUGGGGCUUUAUUCUGUUGUAGCUGAGCAUGGUAGUUCUGCAAAUAAGGUCCAUGCUCCUGCUCGGCGUCUUUCUAGGCUAUACCAUCAUGCUUGCAGAAAGCAGUCCCCAGGACAUAGGGCAACUGCAGCUAGAAGUGCUGUUUCAGGAUUAGUUUUGGUAGCAAAAGCAUGUGGAAAUGAUAUUCCCAGGUUAACUUUUUGGUUGUCAAAUUCAGUUGUUUUAAGGGAAAUUAUUAGCCAGGUUGUUGGGGAAUCUCAACUAUCAAUUUGUGCUGGCCCCCAAAUUGAAGCUAAUGGUGGCAAAAUGGGAAACGAAAAGAAAUAUUCCCCAUUAAAAUGGAAUGAAAGUUCUCUGAACAAGAAAGAGAAGUUUGUUUUUUCUAAUGAUUUUGAUGAAUGGGAGGAUCCGCAGACAUUUGUAACUGCACUGGAAAAGGUUGAAGCCUGGAUUUUCUCCCGAAUAAUUGAAUCUGUGUGGUGGCAGACUCUAACGCCAUAUAUGCAGUCUGCCACCAGGAUAGGAAAUGAUAAAGUAAUGGUGUCAAACUCAGGGAGUUUGGGUGACCAAGAACAGGGGAACUUUUCUUUACACCUUUGGAAAGAAGCUUUCAGGGAUGCUUGUGAAAAGCUUUGCCCUGUUCGAGCUGGAGGCCAUGAGUGUGGUUGUUUGCCUGUGCUGGCUAGACUGGUGAUGGAGCAAUGCAUGAAUAGAUUAGAUGUGGCCUUGUUUAAUGCUAUUCUUCGUGAAUCAGCUGAUGAGAUUCCAACAGAUCCUGUCUCUGACCCUAUUAGUGAUUCCAAAGUUCUUCCUAUCCCAGCUGGAAAAUCAAGCUUUGGUAAUGGUGCGCAACUGAAAAAUGCUAUUGGAAACUGGUCAAGAUGCCUAAUUGAUCUAUUCGGCAUGGAUGAAGAUGGCUCAUUCAAAGAUGAGAAUGGACUCUAUGAUGAAGAUAGACAGGAGCCUGAAACAUCAUUCAAGACUUUUCAUUUGCUUAAUGCAUUGAGUGAUCUUAUGAUGCUUCCAAAGGACAUGAUUUUGAAUAGGGCCAUCAGGAAAGAGGUAUGCCCUACACUUAGUGUGCCAUUGAUCAGGAGGGUCCUUAGCAAUUUUGUCCCAGAUGAGUUUUGUUCAGAUCCAGUUCCGGAGUUUGUGCUUGAGACCCUGAGUUCUGAGGACCCUGUUGAGGCUGAGGAAGAGUCUCUGAGGACCUUCCCAUGCAAUGCAGCACCUAUUGUGUAUAAACCACCUACAACAGCUACCAUUGUAGGUGUUGUAGGAGACGUCGAGAGCCAAUUACAGUUACGACGGAGUGGUUCCUCAAUGCUCCGGAAAUCUUACACCAGUGAUGACGAGCUUGAUGAGUUGGAUUCAUCCCUAGUUUCAAUAAUCACAGAUGGCUUAUGGGCCAGGGCUUCUUCUACGAGAGUUCCCAGUUGGAAUUUGAAGGAAAAUGGCGGCCAGAAAGCUCAAAGAUAUGAGCUCCUCCGCGAGGUAUGGAGGGAUGGUGAUUAGCUACUACUUAUACAAAAAUAUGUAUCAUGAGUCAGAAAUAUAUAAAUUAAUGCGUAGUUAUCUUUUUUGCUUCAUACUUGGAAAUCUUGAUUCCCCAUUUUGAGUUAAAGAGACGGAAGUGAUUAUAUGUGGGCAUAAGGCAGGUCAAAACGAGGGUGCCUUAAAUCAGAA